AUGGAUGCUGCUGUACUCCAAUGCACCAUCUGCCCUGGGCAGCCCCGGUUCAGCGAUCUCUCCCAUCUGCUGACCCAUGUAGCAUCCAAGGCCCAUUUGUCUUAUUACUUCAAGCUUCAGGUGCGGAGUCAUCAAGAAGUCGCGGCCGCCGAGUUGCUUGAAGAGUAUGAUCAUUGGUUUAUUGUCAAUGACUUAUCUCGACUGCUUUCGGAGAGAAUCUCAUCCAAGGAAGAUCGUCGGAAGAAGAGGAAAUCUCAAGUCAAGUCCACAGUCUCUUCCAAUGUGCAGCGUACGCCGAGAACAUCUAUCGGGGUCGAUUCUACUGAAUCCAACAGCCACGCCACUUCACUCCUUCCUGACUUUCUUGACCCCCGACUGGUGGGUUCUUUCAAAGACGCGAAGCCCGAGGUGACGGCUGAAGAUCUUCCCUUUCUCACCUGCUACGUGACUCCAGCCGCUUCUGCUGCUACUGAUGCUCAUUCAAUCUCGAAUGCGGUUUUUGAAUUCGACCCGGCCCAGUCUUUGACCAAUGGAAUAACUGGGGGAUGGUAUGAGACUGCUAUGCCUAAAUCGAGGGAUAGCAUCAACCCAGCCUUACCUGUGACGCCAAAGCCCUUACGAUUCCGAUCUCGAUCGGAUGGCCUUCCCCUACUUUAUAACGAAGCAACGUACUUGUUCUCUGACGGAAAGGCCCGUAUGGAUAUUCAAGAUGACCGCGAAGUUGACAAGGACCGAGCCGAAGAAAUGGCACGAUUGAAGGGUGUUUUGUGGCCUGGAAUGGAUAUUUUUGACUCAGCUACUCAGCAGAUGCGACGAAAGCGGAAUCAAAAAAAGGAUGGAAACGUCUUGAGGAGAAUGGAGAUGACAUCGCUGUUGGUGGAGCCCACGGAGUUAAUCUUCUCCCCCACGGGAACUCUGCGGAAGCAACGCAUGAUCUCUGGAAACGUUGAAGACGACAGCCCUCUGAAAGGGGAGACUCCAAUUCCAAAGCGACGUCCACCUCGUCCUAAGAGAGGUGUUCUUCGUCAGAAGGAUGCCAACAUUCCCCGUGCUAGUGACAGAAAACGUGCCAAGAGAGCAGCCGCUGAAAACCGCAAUAGGAGUGAAAAUGCAUCAGGAAGCCCUGGAAAUCCCCUCAGUCUUAAGGGCUUUGGAUCAACAUACAUUGGAGAUGAUGAUGACCUCAAUCUUUCGAUGCGAGUUUUUGACAAGCGGUCUCGCAAUGGCUUCACUAUCUUCACAGAUGACAACCAAAAUAAACGGGACAUGAAAAACCAGCGUGCACGUCCAAAGGUCUCGCGAGACACGCUCACCCCUGCCCGACUUGUUCUCAAUCAUAAACCAGACAUUUCUAAUCACCAUAUAACCAAGCACCACCACUCGUCCCUGGACAAGGAGAACAUCGAGCACAUGAUGACCUCGCAUGGCCGGAUUAGUCCCCCUUCUUGGAAUUCCCCUUUUAUCAAGCGCAGUGAUUCUGACACCGCCGAGUACGCCCCUCGCUACUUUUUCGAUGAGCCCUCGAAUGUUGGUCUUGGUCUGCAGGACGAUCAGAAUAAGUGUGGGUAUAGGUCCAAUCCGCUGCUUGCUCCUGCGUCCAAAAUGAACUUUUACAGCAACAGCUCAUACGACGAUGUGGCCAUAACUAGCAGUGGUUGGACAUCCAUUUCUCGAGCUGGCUCUUCCGAAGAGACUCUCUCCGAGGAAGAUCACCACGAGCUUGCUCGCCUUUACCUGGAAGCAACUGCCGCCGAAUAG